UUCGUGUGCAACCCUUCAGAAAAAAAAACGAACGAUCACUCUCUUCUCCCUCUCUCUCACUUAUUCUCUUCUUCUUCUUCUUUCUUUGUAGUUCGGUGCCGUUUUAUAUAAAUGGAUAAUCAUCGCAGGACGAAGCAAGCCAAGACCAACUCCAUUGUUACUUCUUCUUCUGAAGAAGUGAGUAGUCUUGAGUGGGAAAUUGUGAACAUGAAUCAAGAAGAAGAAGAUUUGGUCUGUAGAAUGCAUAAGCUUGUCGGUGACAGGUGGGAACUGAUAGCUGGAAGGAUCCCAGGAAGAACAGCUGAAGAAAUUGAGAGGUUUUGGGUCAUGAAAACUGAAAAGUGAUUAAACUUAUCUCUCUAGUUUCACUAAUUAUUUCCAUUUACCAACUCUGUAAUAAAAAGAAAACCUAUCUUUAAUCCCAAAUAAUUUAAUAAUACAUUUAUUUAUUACUCUA